AUGGCUUUCUUUAUAUGUAAAGUAGCUCUCAUAUUUUCAGUUCUAGCGGCAAUUUCUUUGGCUUCUCAUGAAGAGAAAUAUCGAUUUGGAAGAUCAUAUACCAUAAACCCCGGAAAGGUACGUAUGAAAAGUCUUCAAAGUGUUUAUUACCAGAACAUGAGGUCUAAAAUGUAGUGUCUACUAAACUGCUUCUCAGAAAGCUCAAUUGAAGGGCAUUUGACUCUGAACAAUAAAGAAUGAUCGGCUAACACUUAACCAUUUACGUAAGUUUAUUCGUAAUUUAGAUUGAUUGAAACAUUAUUUUCUUUCAAAUGCUUAUUUUUGGGUCACGUGAGCAGACGGUGUUGUUCAUUGAACCAAAAGGCCUCUCUACAUGUAUACAAUUGAACCACCAUGUGCGGUCGCCUCUCGUAAAUGCUCCCUCCCAAGCGAACUCUAAUCCAAACGCCAACAAUUUUUUCUAGUUAAAACGUUAGUUGGAACGCAUGGUAAACGGCCACCGGUCCUAGGCGACCGGUUAAGAGUCCUUUACAUUAAAGUAAAGUUUAUAAAGACAGUAUGUUUUGUUAACUAUGCAAAAAAGUUUCGAAAUAAAAUGAAUCUUGAUUGUAUUUUAGGUUUUAUUUUGUCCUUCGGCUCGAGCAGGACCCCCGGGCCCCCCCGGACCACCGGGACUUCCAGGAAGAGACGGUAGAGAUGGUAGGGAUUGUCCCCCGUGCAACUGUGCGGGAGGUUCACCAGCUACUCUUCCUCCUGCAGAGCCCCCCUGCGCCGGAUCUCAGCCCUUUGCCCCUCAAGGGCCCCCAACUGGAGGGUAAGUUCAUAAUGAUUCAAGCAAUUCCACUCUGAUGUAAAAGUGAUUUUGUUCAUGUCCAGCUUAUUUUUCCCCGUUUGAAGUAGUGUUCUAGCGGCGUUGAAAGGCGACGUCACGGAUGUUGAUGCAACAACUUUGGGCGGAUUUGUAAACCUUGUCCCAAGGCGCUUGGGGCCCAUUUUAUAAGGGAAAAGCUCGGGAACGAGGUUGUGGCUCGACUCUGAGAGUCUGAUCGUGAUUGGAUGAAGAGAACAUUCUAAUUACCGUACAUUUGAUAACCUGGGAAAAUAAAGUAUUUCCCCCAUUUUUCGGAGGGAAAUUUUUCCGUUAAAAUGAAUAAGGGAAUUUCAUACAGGGAAAUCGACAAAGGUUUAUGAAAUGCAGCUUGAAUCUUUUCAUUUGCCCUCGAACGUUUCUUAGUUCUUGACCGACUCCCAUCUUCACUUCACAAAUGCGCAAGCGUUGUCUAAAAAUGUUCAAGUUCAAGCAAACUAAAACCGUAGACUUUCAAAAACGUCCGUCGACUUCGUCGCUCGCGGUCGGCCGAUUCGCGGCCAAAAAAGGUUCGCUCCGCUCCGCUCAUCAAGAGGUCGACGUGUAGCAAGUCUAGCAAAACCGGUGUUUUUCUCUAGUAUCAUAGUGGUCCAUAUAUAAAAUAUAGUUACAUUCUAUUCUUCUCCAUACUGGACAAACAGCAAACCUUAUAUAACUGUGUCCCAGCUGAGUUUACUUCCUGAUUAUGGAUAUUCUGCUGUCAUUGCAGAGAGAGCCCACACGUGCACUUAGCAGCAGCUACACGUGAUCUUGCAGACGAAACGGAACAAAGUGGAAGUGGAAAAGGAGGCGCAUAAAUUGUCUUAUAAAAAUUGUGACAGGCAUAAAUUAACUUAGGACCACCAAUCAAAAAGAUUCUUUCGAAUUAAGUUCUUAGUAUAAAAGUGAGAAGUACAGUGAACUUUUAAGUUUGCUGUUUGUCCAGUGAGAGAAAAGGAAAACUCGACCCUUUUUAAUAAAUGCCAUUUCUGAUAAAAGGGGAUAGGGUUUCCUUCACGACAGAUUUGUAGAACGGCUGAGUCCUAUAUCUCCACUGGACAAACAAACAAACAAACAAAAAUACUUUUAUUUUUAGAUUUUUUUAUAAUUUAGACAUUUAUAUUAUUUCACUGCUUCGCAUCCUUCGAAAACAACAUUUUAAGCAGUGAAAAUAAUUGUAGAAAGCUCUGAGGGGGACAUUACUAGGCAAACUCGAUCUAGAAACCUCUAGAACUACAAUCGACUUCAGUAAAUACUCAACACUGCGAUCUUGUGACCAUAGAAAUAUAUGUUUUGUAGAGGAAGAAAAGUAGUGUUAGCCUAAAUUUCAAUUUCUCUCAUAGAGGUCGCUUCUUAUCCUCCUCGGUCGGGAGACCGAGGAACAGUAACAUGAGACCUCGGACCCCUACACGGGAAGGGGGGGGGGUGGCUGGGGGGGAGGGCUACUUAUCAGGGUUUCUUACUGGGAGGUUCCGCCUCAAGGUCCAACCCCUCACCCAUUAACGUACCAUUUUGGCAGAAAAAAGUAUCCCUUUUAUAUACCUUCCAUUAGCCUGGGUAGCAGGCGCUUGGAAGUAGUGGGCACAAGAAAAAACGGGCGCGUGAGAAAGAGAAACAGUCACCCCUCACGUGUCUCCCUUGCGCGCGCCCGUUCUCUCUUUCGCCCACUACUUUCAAGCGCCUGCUACGCAGGCUAACCUUCCAUUGAAAUUUAUGCCCCUUUCACAUACAGUUGAACCUCUCCACAACGGCCAACUUGGGGACAGAAGAAAGUGGCCGUUGUAGAGAGGUUUAAACAAGAGUAGAGAGGUGGUAGUUGUAGAGAGGUUUAAACAAGAGUCAAUGUAUGGACUGUCCGCCAUAUUGAAAGUGGCCGUUGUGGAGAGGUAGCCGAUAGUAGCCUGCGUAGCCAGUGAAGCGUUUCCUUGCGGUUUCGGUGCAAAGACUCAAAGACCGCGCAAAAAAUGGCUCUCGUUCUAUUUCUCGCGCGGCUAAAACCGAAAAUCCCGUUCCUCGGUCUUUCUUUGCUCCGAAACCAAACGGGAACGCUUGUUACGCAGGCUAGGCCGUUAGUGGAGGCUCGACUGUAUCUAUAACAAUCAGUCUUCCGGUCAUUUUAUGUGGCCUUUAACAAUAUUAAUUAAAUUGAUGCAACCAUAAGGUGCAUCGGUUCGAAAUAUUCUAGCUAAGGGCCCUUUUAAAUAACUAAAUUACAAAUUUCUUUACCCUGUCAUAUACUUCAGCUUAAGAAAUCCUAUACCAUUUUAUAAACCCAAAGCUUGAAAAAGGUUGUCCUUUCGGGCAGAGCCUCUCCGAGUAAGCAUCACAGGGAGUUACCCACCCUCUCCCCCCCCGGUACCACGAUGAGUAUGAGCGAAUAUUGGUAGUGUUAAUGUGCAGUAUAAAAUAAAGGUUCAACAUAAAGUUUUGCGUCAUUUUUUAUUUAGAAGUAGGCUUAAACAUGAAAAAAACAUCAUUUCAGUGAUAAUCUUUUGGUGAAUAUAAUAUCUCUGCAACCAAAGUUUUUACUUUGAGUGGGAAUGAUGACGAUAAAGUCUUUCAUUCGUAUACAGAUCUAGACAAAAAGAAGUCUUCGUGAGUAAUUUUUCAGUUGAGCUAGAUCGUGUAUGUGUUCGCGCUCGCGAAAUCAGAUUGAAAAUUAGAUUGGUCCACACAUAAAUCUCUAGAAUAGCUCAAGAUAGAGAUGAGAGGUGUCACAAAAACCUAAAUUGGAGAAAUUAUGGGUUGGUUAGCAUAUCCUGAAAGACAAGAUGAAAAAUGUUCACUUGCUAUAUAGGCCUGGAUCAUAAAAGUUACAGAUCCAAGCCAAUUUUUGAAGGAUUUGUAUGGAGUCAUCAAAGCAAUAGGCUGAUUUUUGGCAAGGGAACUUAUUUUUGAUCUUGUUCUUCCUGAAUAUGCCAACCAGUCCCAUAAUUUCAAAAAUUUGAAGACGUCACACUUUCUUAAUACUCUAUUGAGACUGUGAUUAACGAGUGUGUAAGCCGUUUGCCGCGUGCAUUUGUAGUCUGAGUGAGUACACCACCGUAACAUUUUAAUUUUAUCAACGUUACAAUUUCAAACAGCUAUGUUAUCAGUCAUUUCAAUAAUUAUCAAAUCCCAAAUAUCGUGAUAUUUCUGUACCUCACACAGACCCCCUCAAGGACUUGGUUCUGUUCACAAUCCGGCAAAGUCCUGCGAUGAAAUUUUGUCCUCAGUUCCAGGUGCUGAGAGCGGUGUAUUCUGGCUCCAGGCUGCUCGCGGACCACCUUUUCAGGUUAGUCAGCUUCCUGCUAUUAGUAACCUGAGAUCAGGCUCAAUUUGCGUUUCGCUUUGAAAAUAACAUUCCGGCGGGCAAGACGAAACGAAACUUUUAGCGGUAGCCGUUAGAGAGAAUGUAUGAGAACCGCUAAAAUUGGGCCUGAUCCCAAGUUACGCUAGCAGAGGACUCUUUUCCUUUGUACUGUAAACUACCGCUUUUAAUUAUAUAAGCUACCCCGAUCGUAAGGAAAAGAGGCCUCUGCUGGCAGGAAAGGAAGAAAGUAAAGUUAGUUACCAUCGCGGAUUGACCUUAACUUAGCUUCGACCUUAUCUCCAUCCACUGAAUUGCAAGACUGCUUUCAGGCCUUUUCAAAUCUUAAGAGAAAAGUAUUGGGAGGGAGGCCGAUUGCCGUUAUAGUGUUGGAAAAGAAAACCCUAGCUGGCGAUCGGGGUGCCUAGCUGGCCUAGUGCCAUGAGCUAACAACACGCGCACGCCAUAGUAAACGGCAAGGAAUGACGCAACAGGCGAGGCACAUUUGCAUUUUGCAGGCAACUGAAAAAUAGAAUAGUUUGCUUGAAGCAAUAGAAAGUAUUGCAGUUAAUUUUUUAUUUCAGGUCAUUUUUAAUUUUUCAGUUUGUUUCACAUUCCUCAGCAUACAUUAAAAUACCCCAAAACAAUGUAAAUUUAAAAAUUAACUGAGAUAAAAAUUAACCUGAACAUAGACAUCAAAAUAACGCUUCGGGAAAAGAUAUGGGAUAGGAUGACAUGAUAAGAGUUUAUUUUUCAUCUGGGAGGAAAUUUUUGUUUCGUCAAGUAUGGUCUCAUUCAGCGUUUCACCCUUUCUACCUUGUCUCCAUCUGUUCCUUGCUCCAGUCAAAAUUUAUACGUAGAAUUUCCGUUAUAAUAAUUUGAUUACCCGCUGCAUUCCUGCAGACACACUGUGAAAUGAUCUCAUGCCAUGGAGAAUCAGGAGGCUGGACCCUAGUCGCACGAGUUGAAGGCAUGUCAGGUGACUUCUCACCCACAAGCCCUCUCUGGGCCAAUGAGGAUGUAGUGAGUCCUUGGGAUGCCGCUGACCUCACUCGAACAACAUCUAUGAAAAAUCCCGGAUGGUUCUCAGUGUCGAAUCAGGCGGUGCGCGUGUGCUAUAGUGGUCCUCGAAGUAACUGUGCGACCUUUACGCACAAUCGUGGACUGACACUCACUCAGUUCUUUGGAAGUCAGUUUGCAGUGGAGGUACAAGAGCAUUAUACUUUUGAGUCCUUGAUGAAGAAGCUGGGGAAACAUCUGGAUCUGGGGCAUUUGAAAACCGUAAGUAUGUUAUUUUUCAUUACAUCUUAUUGCGGGCGACCAGAGGAGUCCGCAAUACUAAUCUUCAGAUUGGUAUUACGCAUGCAUGGCAUGUAUGUAGCCAGCAUUCGCUUGGAUUUCCUAUCACCCGUAGUAAUCGUCAUCUCAUCACGCAUGUUUUGACUUUGUAUCACAUGAAACUUACGCAAAGCAUAGCGUCGAGGCACCAACGAUCGAUCUCGUCCGCCUUUCUUCUACCUUUAAUUAUGAAGCUUGUCUGCUUCCUUAAACAAUAUGUCUUGAAUCUCACAGGAAUGGUGUGGCCUCAAUCUUGGAAAUCUCUGCAACUUAGUCGCAGACCCCAACAGGGAGCCUGGAACCCACAUUUGUCGCAUAGGGUGUAUUGGCGAUACCAGUCUCCCUCGGUCACCCAACGGAUGUAACCCGGAUGACUAUGCCUUAGGUAUUGGCGUGUCAAGCUGUAACUCUCCAGGAGGAUGUCACGGUCAGGUGUCCAAAACAAGUAGCCUACACUAUAGCAUGUACUCACGCUAUGGUGAUUACCAGCAGACAGCUUUCAUCUACGUCAAGUAAAAUCCGUUUUUUACCGCUUACAUGAGCAGAGACUCGAUGCCGUUUGCUUUUUUAUAAAGCAUCUUAGUUAAGAGCCAUA